GAAAAAUGGGUUUUCUGUAGAAACAUCAUUUUUUCAAACACGUUUUCAUCCGAGUUUUUAACUUCCCAGUCUGGCCUGGCGACCCACAGGGAGGGAGGGAGGGAGAGAGAGAGAGAGAGAGAUGGAGGAGACGAAGAGGAGGUGUUUGAGCGGUGUGGCUGUGGAGAAUAUAACGGAGAGACUGUCUUGUCUGGAGAACCUCUACUUCCCUCGAGCUCUGCAACAAUCUGCAGUCGAUCCCUCCGGUCGCAAGGCUAUUCUCCUCGACCUCCUCUCCCGCGACGUCGCUGUUUUCUUGGAGCGAUAUGGUGGUGAAUUGACGUUUGAGGAGCUAGGAGAAUUUGAAACUUUGAAAGAUGAUUACGAGGUCAAUUGGCACAUAAACCAUCUUAGGAGCUUGAAGAGUCCAACAUCCGAGGAGCUGCGGUCUAGGUCAGUGAUGGUGAAGAACAGGCGACGGGCGUAUUUGGACAAGCUGAUGUGUGAAGGAAACUACUUCUCAGAAGACGCAAUGAGGGAGAGAGAGCCAUACUUGCAUCAUGAGUAUUUGGGAAAGUUUCAAGACCCAAGUGGUCGGAGCAUGGCACGCCCAGGGGAGCGGUGGUCGGAGACGUUGUUGCGUAGAGCAGAAGAGGCUCUUUUGGUUGCAAAGAUUAGAGGGGAGCAGCAAAGGUUGGGAGUGGCUGAGAGAGACUGGGUUGGUAAUAAUAUGAGAGAAAACGAGGAGGAGGAGGAGGAGGAGGAGGAGGAGGAAGAGGAAGAGGAAGAGGAAGAAGAUGAUGAUGAUGGUAAGGCUAAUGGAUGUGCACAAUCUUCUGAGGUACCCUUGGAUCAUCGUAGCGCUUUUAAUGGUACCCAAUCCACCACCAUUGUUGGUUCUGCUGAGGUAACAGCUUUAUCUGAAGCAGAGAUGCAAGAACACAUGGACCAAUUCACCCACAUUAUGCAGCAGAAGUUUUUGUCUGGGGAAGAUUUUGAGCAUUUAGACUAUUCAAAAAUAGAUGAAGAUGAGACCUUGGAUGAUCACUGGCUGAGGGAGGCUAACCACGAUGCUGAGGAAAAGUACUUUGCUGAAGAUUAAGAAAGGAUGAAGCUGCUUUCUCUUGCUGCUGCUAUUUUCACCUUCACAUUUUCAAGCAGGUAUCUUAUACACUGUUUGCCCAAGGGAGCUUACUUUUGUGGCACACAUCAUAUAGGUUUCUUAAGUAAAGCAUGUGUUAGGUUUCUUAAGUAAAGCAUGUGGGACCCACAGCUUACUCUCAUGCAAUGUGCUUAAAUACUUGUAGGCUUAACUGUUGUAUAUUGUAUUUAUUGAUGAAGUUUUAGGUAGAAUCCAUAUGGCAGAACUCCUUUCAUUGCC